AUGUCCAAAACAUCCGUUAUCGUGUCCAACCUUGCCAAGCUGGACUUUGUUAAGGAAGGCUUGUCGCUUGCUCUUAGCGACCAGAUCAAGUUGGCGGUGUUGAACCUCCAUAACGACCAGUUUCCGGACCUUUUGCCGCUUAUUACUCACUGGCUGAACCUUCCGUUUCUUAGCAGGAUUGUGAUUAUCUUGCAAAACGAGGAGGCGGCGUCGUUUGUGUAUGAUUUCUUGCAAAAUGCUGUUUCUGGGUCAGGGAAGCUUGUUUUGCCCAGCACGGCAAAGCUUCUGCUUCAGGAGAACCUCUUGCUGACUUCGAAACUGACAGAUAACUUACACGAGGCGAAAGAGCUCGACGUGACCCAUUCUUUGGAGAGAUUCCGUUCUACUCACGCUUCUGGCGAUUACAAGGAACCCGAGCCCCAGAAACCAGCCAAUCCUGACGCUCCUCCAAACUACGAAGCAUUAGACCUUCGUAAACUAGGCAUUGAGCAAGGCCUGGACGUGGCUCCUCCUACUCCUCCUUUGGAGAGAUCCAGGUCUGUCACGAAAACGCUAUUCAAGCCUUCCUUGAAGCUCAACACUACAGGUAAAGCCCCCAACGACGCUCCAGCUUCUCCUACAAUCACGCUUGACGAGAUUUAA